AAACGAUGGUUACGUCACGACGCACCUGCGUCACGUCGCCGUCAGCUGAUUACCUCGUCCUGUCAAAGUCCGCGCGCGGUAAUCGUAGCAGAAGAAAGGGUGGGGAAGAAGAGGAGAACAGGGUCCGGACCAUGCGUAACGUUUCCACGACACUCUCCGCACUCACGUUGACCGCACGGUGGAGGAAGUCAGCGUCGUAGAUCGGAGCCUCUUCCUCAUGGUGGCGAUCACCACGUGCCGCGCCGCCGCGGUCCUCAGGGCCGUCAUCCUCGGCGCCCCGGCAUCCGGAAAGGGCACCGUCUCCACGAGGAUCGUCCGGCAGUUCGACGUCGCCCACAUCUCCAGCGGUGACAAGCUGCGUCUCCACGUGUCCAACGGCACCGAUCUAGGUAAGGAGGUGAAGAUGUACAUGGACAAUGGAAACUUCGUACCGGACGACACGAUGAUAUCCCUCAUCGACGAGGAGAUCGAAUCGGUGACGGAUCGGAAUUGGUUGCUGGACGGAUUCCCGAGGACGUUGACGCAAGCGGAACGAUUGCAGAAGCUGCAGCCGAUCAAUCUCGUGCUGAAUCUCGUGGUGCCGACCUCCGUCAUCCUGGACCGGGUCAAGGGUAGGUGGGUGCAUCUGGCCAGCGGAAGGGUCUACAACAUCGGUUUCAACGACCCACGUGUCCCGGGUAAAGACGAUGUAACGGGUGAGCCGUUGAGUCAGAGAGAGGACGAUAAACCGGAAGUCGUGCAGAGGAGGUUGCAGGACUACGCGACGAAGACCGAGCCGGUUGUGCGAUUUUAUCGCGAGAUUGGAAUAUUGAAGGAUUUUCACGGCAACACCACCGACGAGAUGUGGCCGAAAAUCAAGAAUUGUAUAGCACAAUACUUUUGAAUUUUAGAUCAAUUUUUUUCCUAGACAAAUAUACUUGAAUAGACGAGGAUGAUCUUAUAUAGAUCUCUCUAUCUCUUUCUCUCAUAUGUUGAAUCUACUUGGGAUACAAGAUAUCUUCUCUCUUAAAUCAAUCUAUUUAUAUAUAUAUAUAUAUAUAUUUAAAAAUUAAAUUCACGCACACGUAGAUGCAGAGAAAAAAAGAUUAGAUAAAAGAAUGAAAAAAUAAAACAUGAAAUGAUAUCUUUUACAAUCUUCCAUAUCUGAGAAGUGAGACAGACAGAUCUAUUUAAACCGAUCUGGGAUCUCUCUCCAAUUCGUGCACACGAUCUCGAAUAACAAGCGCUUUUGUCCGGCAAAAACUGUUUACAUCUAGCAAUAGCAUAACGAGAGAGCACGCACUAUACACGUUACUUUGCGUACUCAUUCCUCACGUACAAACGCACACACGCGUGAGUCACGUUGCUUGCAAUGAUAUCGUAUCGACAAUAAUAGUUGUUUUCGAUGCGCCGAGAUCUUGCAAUAGCUUCAUUUGAUGAAUGAUAACGAUAGUUCUCGAUAGCAACUAGAUUUAGCGCACGAGAGUUACAUGUAUUAAAAUAUUAUUAUUAUAGAACCAAUUAAAAGUAGCAACGAAUAUACAGAGCGUCUCAAAAGUACUGAACGUUUUUUCUUUGAUGAAGGAAUUUUGUCCGUAGUGAAAAAUUGUCGAGGUAACACGAGCGGUUGAGAGAGAUUUGUCGCGAUUGAAUACUUUCGGGACACCCUGUACACGUUUAUCGUGUCGUAUUAAUCUUUAGUUCGAAUUCUGCAAAGUGAGCUGAAACAGCACUCGUUUUGCAUCUUAAAAAGGCGAGUUAAAGCGAGUUGUCGAUUGUUGUGAUUAUCUUUUUUUUACGAAUAUAUUAUUUGCGAGCUAAGUUGCUUGGCCAAAGUUCAAGACAUAGUACAAAGUAGUGAUUAACAAAAUCGAUGACACACUCUAAGAUUAAUCGCCACACAUUUUUCAUUUUAUUUCCAGUGUAUAUAGCGUUAUCGAUGUAAGAGAGAUAACAAUGUUCAAUAUUACGCAGAUAUCUUUAACAAUAUAAGUACAUUACACAUAUACAUAUGAAUAUAUAUAUAUAUUGUAUAUGUAUAUGCGUAUACAGGAUGAAGCAUAUCUUUCUAAUAGAGUACAUCUGAAUAAUUCUUCAACUAAUCCCCUUUUUUAUUCUUAUUUUUCUAUUAUAUAUACACAUUAUUUUAUUAUAUAUUUAGAAUUAUAGAUUUUUAUUUGUCAUCACAUUUGAGUAUUAUCCACUUGUGUUCCUUUUUAAUUUUCAGAACGCGAAAAAUUAAUACUUUUCUAUUUCUAUAUUCUAUUCUACUCUCUUCUACUUUAAACAUUUUUGUCUGCCAAAGAUACACGGAAAUAUUGUUAAAGAUAACUUGUACAAUUUAAAGAUAGGAUUAUAUAUGUAUAAUAACAGGGAAAAAAUUCGCUCGAGGAAUCAAAAUAUUCGAAAUUUCAAUAAUUUUAUCUCGAUUAGAUAUAUAUUUUUAGAUAUCAAUCCUUUUAUUUUAUAGAUCUAUAAAUAGAUACAGAUGUCAGAUCUUUCUUGGAUGGAUAUUUAGGCGUACACUAUUAGCUUGCCUCACCCUGUAUAUACCAUGCUUACGAAUCCCUCGUUAUUCCUUUCUCAAGGCAGAAAUUACUCAGGACUUAUUCAGUCGUAAAAAAAUAAAUAAAUAAAUAAGUUAGUGCUUGAUUAUGUUUUUCUUUAAGUAAAUCAGACUUGAGAACUGUUAUAUUCUUAUAUUCCGCGCGAAUUUUUAUUUUCAUUUAUAUUUUAGAGCUAAUUUAGCAAAACUUGUUACAAACUUAGUAUCACAAGAUUGUGUUCGAUUUAAAUUCAAUGGAAUUUAAAGCGCGUCUUCGCAAAAUCAGUUCAAGAUUUACAAUGUACAAAUGUAUCGCUUUGUAACAUGCAAAAUAAAUAAAAAUGAUUGUUACUAAA